AUGGCAUCUACUAGAUCCUCCCAGAGCUCCUCUCCGGCGCCGACAGGUACGAAGCGUUCGGCAGACACCUCUUCAUCGCCCCCAGAAGCCAAGCGUGGCAGAGGGAGACCCAAGAAAGCCCAAAAGACUAUCGAGGAGACGAUCGACGGUACCGUAAAGGACAAGGACAUCGAGAAAAAUGGAGACAUUGCAAUGCAGAUUGACCAGGACUCUGCUUCAUCUCCACCAGAGCCAGCAAAACGUGGCCGAGGCAGACCCAAGAAAGUUCAGGGUUCCUCGUCGGAUAAGAAUGGAAAUGCUGAAAAUGCCGCCAAGGACAAAGACAUUGAGGACGAUGAAGCAAUCGCCAAGCAGAUCGAAAAUGACAGCAAUUCCAAGAUGAAGGGGAAGGGGUCGAAGACCAAUGGAGGUAGCGGUGAGAAGAACGCUUUCGACGAGGUCAAAGCCGAUACAGAUGAUGUGAAGAAGGCUGCCAAUAAAGAGCAGGAGGCGAAAUCGAAAGAAAUCAUGGAUAACAAUAAGUCCAUCAUUGAGGAUGAUAAGCGAGAAGCUGCCAUUCCAUCUUCGAUCCUUGAGAAGGGUAUUAUCUACUUCUUUUUCCGAGGUCGAGUCGGAGUCGAAGAUCCCCAGGGAAUUGAGGAUGUUGCCCGCAGCUACAUCGUCCUUCGACCCCUCCCAAUAGGUGCAAAGCUUGGAGAAGGUCCUCUUGAAGACUCCGGUAAUGCAAAAUUGCUGGCAUUGCCAAAGAAGAUGCUGCCAAAGAGUCGUCAGGAUCGUUUCCUCGUAUUUGUUGAGAACCCCUCCGCCACAAUCAAGGAUUUACGGGACCAAUUCUCCAGCAAUGACUAUGCCACCAAGACUUCUGGCACAAGCCAUACUCCCUCGGCCACUCCCUUCGCGGAAGGAAUUUAUGCCAUUACUUCGACUGGCCGCGAGUCCCACUUGGCGUAUCAUCUCACCGUUCCCUCCUCAAUCGGCGAGAUCCAGAAAGAGCUGGGACUCAACGAGAAGGGCAGCUUCGUCGUCUCAGCCAAGAACCCCAACGCCCCUGGUCCAGCAAACGCGACCCUUGACAACCCCGCUUCCUACCCGGAAGAUAUCCAGAAAAAAUUCAGAAACCUUCGCUGGAUGCCUCUGGAGCCAGAACUGUUGAAUUACAAAAAUACUCAGUUCUUGAUCAUAGGUGAAGGAAUGGGUGAAAUGGAUAAAGCGGUUCAGGAGCUGAGCAAGGAUGCAAAGGACGAUACCAAGGAGAAACCUAUUGAGGAAUUGGAGAAGCUGGAGGAAGAGGAUCAUGAUCGUGUCGAGCAUCUGAAGGGUGAUGAUCCGGUUUUUGCGGACCUGGGUCUUAGCUCUAAGGAGUAUUCUAAGAUGCAGACCACCUGGUAA